AUGACGAGCCAAAUAAAAGAUAGUGCAUUCUAUAAUUUCUUUAUUGACAACCCUGAAGUUCACUCGUUAUAAAUAAAUGGACAGAUGAAGAACUCAGAUACAAAAUUCAGAUAUAGAAAAUAUUGUAAGAGUUAAACAGUUGAUGUUCGCUUCCCUUGGGAUGCAAUCAAGGUUCAUUUCAGAGUUAAAGAUCAAAAUGAUUUGAAAUUAGGCUUAGACUUUGGUAAAUGGGAACUUGGCAAAUUUGAAGCCUCUUACUUUGCCAAAGUCUUCUCUGUUAAUAAAACACUACAAUAUUAAUUUGGAUUGUAAAAAGAAGUCAAUACCAAGUUUUGGCAUUCUGUUUGUAAUCAUUUUUUUUAAGUUCAGGGGUGUCUUUCAAUUAAGGAUUAUUUGUUAAUCACAACUUUAAUAUUACACAACCAUAAUGGUAUCUGAGAGAAGGAAUCAAGUGGGACUUUAAUAAUAGUCAAUUGUAUUUUGAUGGACUAUUUAAUUACACUCAAAAUUUAAAUGAAUUCUUCCUCAAGAGUUCUAAUAGCUUAAACGGCAAAUUAGCUUGCUAAAACUAAGAAAUUUAAUUUGGCUAUUUGAGAAGAAGAGGAAAUGAUAAAGCAUGUGGAUUCUUGGUUGAUAAAUAAUGAAUGUUGAAUUGGUUUGUCAUGCCAAAGUUAAGAAAUGUGAUUGGAGAUUUUACAUCGAUAAAUAAUUGCAAGUCAGAUAAUAUGUCAAAUAUAAUUAUAACGAUUCGUAAAAUCUUAAAAUAAACUAUUUAGUUUGACCAUCCAUUCAGGAUUAACAGUGCCACUCAAGACAAUAGGAUAGGUCUGCCC